AUGAAUGAGAAGAACCAGACGUGGGUCAAUGAGAUGACUCUCUUGGGAUUUCAGAAUCUCCACAACUUCAAGGUUCCCCUGUUCUCUCUGUUCCUUCUGAUUUACAUUCUGACAGUUUGGGAGAACGUCCUCAUCAUAGUGUUGGUGGCCUUCAGCCGGAACCUCCACUCCCCCAUGUACUUCUUUCUCCAACAACUGUCCCUCACUGAUCUACUGGAGUCCUCAAAUAUUGUACCAACCUUGCUCUUAUCUGUAAUAAAUAAUGGACACAAAAUAUCCCUUGUUGGUUGUAUAACACAAUUGUAUUUUUGGGGUGUUUCAGAAAUUUUUGAGUGCAUCCUUCUAGCAGUAAUGUCCUAUGACAGAUAUGUGGCCAUCUGCAUCCCCCUGAGAUACACUUCUAUAAUGUCUACUAACGUUUGUUUUCAAUUCAUUCUUGUGGCUUGGGCUCUUGGCUUUGGCAUUACAGUGAUUUCAUUGGUUCUCAUGGGGAGACUAAAGUUCUGUGACCGAAAUACCAUUAAUCAUUUCUUCUGUGAUUUAUCUCCCCUUCUGGAGCUUUCCUGCUCAGAUACUUUCUUAGUGCAAAUAGAAGGAAUGAUAGUGUCUUUAAUAUUGGCUGUUACCCCCUUAAUACUCAUCAGUGUAUCAUAUAUGUGUAUUGCCCAUGCAAUCCUAAAGAUAGUGUCCCAUACCGGGAGGCAAAAAGCCUUCUCCACCUGCAGCUCCCACUUGGCCGUGGUCUCCUUAUAUUACGGAGCUAUAAUCGCUAUUUAUGUGGUUCCCUCCACAGAACAAUCCCAAAUCCUGAGCAAAGUUCUCUCUCUCAUAUUCACGUUGGUGAUCCCUAUGAUUAACCCGGUUAUUUACAGCCUGAGAAGUGCAGAUAUCAAAAACAUUCUUAGCAAAACAAAAGAAUAA